UCUCGCAGCGGCUGAAGAGAACUAUGGAAACUAUCCGUCCGUAUAACUUUGAACCUGUUCGAAACGCUAGAGAUAUGUCAGAAAGUGAUUCUGGCGGUAGCGACGACGAUGACCAAACACUUCAUGUCCCUGAUACGCGUACGGAACGACUAGAAAACACCGACUGGUGUACUUGUGGUCUGUGUAUCGUCAUGCCGAGCAUUACAGAAUGCAUCUGCUGCAAGGAAGUCGAUGCUCUGAGCUGGAGACUUCAUGGCGUGAGAUGUGCGACAGCGCAUGACAGUUUUCACACUGUCUGCUUGCACUAUGAAGUUCUACGCACAGCGGUAGGCGUCAUGAACGUCUCUCCAGGCUCCAUUACAGAACCUCUUACGGCCAGGCUUUUGAGACUGGCGGCUUACCGCCAAUUUACUCACUGGGCUCACGAGAUGUUGGGGAGAGGUGUACGAAUAGUCAUACCAUCGUGUGUGGUGUCUGCCGUACGCAGAGCGUUUCCAGAAGAGAGUGGGCACUAUGUUGGCUUUAGAGAUGCUAAUGAUUCUCAGUGAUGUAUUAGCUAACAAAUGAA